ACGUGUUUGUUCGCUACUCUGCAUAUUUCGUCUUUCACUUAUUCCUCUCCACUCCAACGAGCUUACGUGCGUCUCUCCCACCUGCUCCCAACUCCCAAGGAUACUCACACUCGUCGUCAUCCUCUUGAUCGCUCUCCAAAGAAGUUUCGCAUCUCUCUCUCCUCCCGCGUCUUUCCCUUACACUUCUCCUUAAACUGUAUCCACAGACAUCUGCAAAAUUUGUUCUUUCUGAAAAUUAUUUUAUGGGUUUCAUUUCGUUUCGUUGAUUUACGAGUUUACAGUUCUGAGUCUCUCUUUCUUCGCGUUUUGAGCUCUGUAGAAGAGUUGAAAUGUAUUCAAGAAGAGAGCUGGAUGAUUUGGAGUACAGAUACUACUGUGAGCUGAAAGAUGGCACUCGCAAGGUCAAGAUCUCUGACUCUCUCUUCAGGUGUCCCUUCUGCUACAUUGACCGCAAGCGUGACUACAACUUUGACGACUUGCUUCGUCAUGCUUACAACAUUAGCGGCAGUUCCCGCACUAAGGAUGGCGCUAGACAUCUCGCACUUGAGAGAUACAUGAAGAAGUAUCUCCGCCCUCUGGAAAGACCAUCAUCAGAUGUCUCUUCUCUUCCUACAGAGGUGUUAACCGGAAACUGGAAGACUGGUUCUUCAAGUUCUGCUGCAGGGGAAGUGAAUAGCAGCGUUGUCAAAUCCAGUUCACCACGUAUCGCUGAAGCUGAACCUAUGUCUGUCUCAGGAGGAGAUGAUCCUGUACCAAGCGGUGAAGAAAGACAGAUGUUUUCUCCUAAACCCAGCUCCUCUUUGAGCAACCAAGACAGUACACACCCUUCCAAGAGAGCUUGCCUCACUGCUGGUGCUAAAGAGAGUGAAAAACCUGUCCAACAGAGUGGUCUCAGCCAUGGUGCUCCAAGAUAUCCUCAGAGGCGUGAUCGUUUGGCUGCUCGAAAUGAUGGUCUGAUGUUUGUGCAUCCAUGGAAAGGGAUCUUGGCCAACAUCAGUAGAAUUUAUAAUGAGAAAACAGGCAAGUUCGCUGGCGAGAGUGGAAGCAAAAUUAGGGAAGAGUUUAUUAGCAAAGGGUUUAACCCCCACAAAGUGGAGCCACUGUGGAACGGCAGAGUUGGUUUCACAGGUUUUGCGAUUGUUUACUUCGGCAAAGACUGGGAAGCUUACAGGAACGCCACCAUGUUUGAGAAGCACUUUGAAGUCAAUCAGUGUGGGAAGAGAGACUACGAUUCUGCACGUGAUCUUGGUGAAGAGCUUUACGGUUGGAUAGCGAAAAAGGAGGACUAUUAUUCGAGAACUGUAGUUGGAGACCACCUCAGGAAGCAAGGGGACUUGGUGACUGUUUCUGGAAAAGAAGCAGAGCAACAAAGAAGGGCAUUCACGCUUGUCUCCAACUUGGAAAACACACUCGAGACCAAAAGCACUAACCUUGAAGAGAUAGAGAGCAAGUACAAAGAAACCAGUACAGAGCUUCAGAGGAGUAUGAAAGAGAAGGAUGAAAUGAUCAACGCUCAUAAUGAAAAGAUGAGUAGCAUGCAGCAAAAGGCGCGUGAUUAUUUGGCGAGUGUGAAAAAUGAACAUGAGAAGGCAGCUCAGCAUCUGGAAGCUCAAAGGAAAGAGUUUGAAGAGAGGGAGAGAUAUCUUGAUAAAUGUCAAACGCUGAACAAAACUGAGCGACGAAAGCUUCAAUGGCAAAAACAGAAGAACUUAAUGGCUACUGAAGAGCAAAACAAAGCUGAUGAAGAAAUGACGAGAUUGGCAAAACAGCAACAGAGGGAGAAAGAUGAGUUACGUGAGAGAGUCAAAAAUUUGGAGAAGAAACUGGAUGAUGAGCUGGCACGGGAGCUGGAGAUAGAGAGAAUGAGGGGUGGGCUGCAGGUGAUGGGACACAUGGAAGAUCCUGAUAUGAAGGAAGAGAUAGAAAAGACUAAAGAAAAACUAAAGGAGAAAGAGGAGGAGUCUGAAUACCAAGAGUCACUCUAUCAGGCUCUUGUUGUUAAACAUGGCUACACUAACGAUGAGCUUCAGGAUGCUCGCAAGGCUUUGAUCAGAUCAAUGCAAGAGUUGACAUUACGUGGUCAGAUAUCUGUGAAGAGAAUGGGAGCAUUGGAUGAGAAACCGUUCCAGAAACUAGCCAAAGAGAGAUAUCCAGCUGAAGAAGCUGAUGUUGAAGCAGCAACGCUCUGUUCCUUGUGGGACAACCACUUGAGAGACUCGGCUUGGCAUCCGAUUAAGGUCAUCCAAAUAGACGGAAUCCACAAGGAGGUGCUGAAUGAAGAAGAUGAGAAGCUGAAGGAACUGAAGAAAGAGCUGGGGGAUGAAGUGUUUGAAGCUGUGACACAAGCGCUGAUGGAGAGGAACGAGUAUAAUGGAAGUGGGAGGUACAUAGUGCCUGAGCUUUGGAACUUCAAAGAGGGAAGAAAGGCUACUCUCAAAGAAGGUGUAGUUUAUCUGAUGAACUUGUGGAAGCACUUGAAGCCAAAGCCAAAGCGAGUUCCAGCUGGACUGUCCGUCCCUGGGUUCGAGCCUUGGCCACUGCGGAAUUUACACGUGGGCUGCAGCACCCGAGACUGAAGACCGUUACACGGUGAGCCACAUGGUGACGCCCUGGCAGCGUCCAUGCUCACUUCGGUCUCUAGUCUGGACCACCUCAGUGGGGCCAGGAUAUUCGGUUAGCAAAAAAAAAAAAAAACAAACAGCUAUUUAAAAAUGUUUACAACGCUUAUUUGGUUUGCUUCAUGUGUCAUGAAGACGCAAUAAGUAAGAAAAUGUUUAUAA